AUGCAAGGCCAUCUGGAUCAACACAUUGAGCAGCUGAUCCGAUGUGAGGCGCUCUCGGAGGCGCAGGUCAAAGAGCUGUGUGAUCGUGCACGCGAGCUGCUCAUCGAAGAAGGGAAUGUCCAGCACGUGGAUGCGCCCGUCACGAUCUGUGGCGACAUUCAUGGGCAGUUUUACGAUCUCUUGGAGCUGUUUCGCGUCGGCGGUCCAUGCCCGGAUACCAAGUACCUCUUUAUGGGCGACUUUGUCGAUCGCGGACUGUACUCUGUCGAGACGUUUCUCCUCUUGCUCGCACUGAAAGUGCGGUACCCUGACAGGAUCAUCCUCAUACGCGGCAAUCACGAGUCACGGCAGAUCACGCAGGUCUAUGGCUUCUACGACGAAUGCUCGCGCAAGUACGGCAGCGUGAAUGUGUGGCGGUACUGCUGCGAGGUGUUUGACUACCUGUCGCUUGGUGCGAUCAUCGACGGACGCGUGUUCUGCGUGCAUGGCGGACUGAGCCCGCAUAUCCAGAAACUGGACCAGAUCCGCACGAUCGACCGGAAACAAGAGGUGCCGCAGGACGGCGCGAUGUGCGAUCUGCUAUGGUCCGAUCCAGACGACAUCACGGGGUGGGGCAUCUCGCCCCGCGGCGCUGGCUGCCUCUUUGGCGGCGACGUCGUCAAGAGCUUCAUACACACGAAUGGCCUCGACUUGGUCGCGCGCGCGCACCAACUCAUCCUCGAGGGCUACAAGCACAUGUUUGACGCCACGAUUGUCACCGUGUGGAGCGCGCCGAACUACUGCUACCGGUGCGGUAAUGUCGCUAGCAUUCUGCAGCUGGACGACGCGCUGAAUCAAAAGUACCAAACGUUUGACGCAGCGGAGCAGGCCAUCACGCCUGGCUUUCCGGCCAAACGGCCCGCGCCUGACUAUUUCUUAUAG